AUGUUUGGCAUGCGAUUCGCCCCUACAAAAUGUAAGAUGCUGCUACAGGACUGGACGACGUCAACCCCUAACUUAGUGAUAGGGAGUGAAGUGAUAGAACAUGUUGACCACUUCACCUACUUGGGAAGUUGUAUUAGCACCAACGGACUGAUUGGCGAUGAAAUCUCAGCACGGAUCCGAAAAGCUCGAGCUGCUUUCGCUGACUUACACCAUCUCUGGCGUAGGCGUGACAUCCGGUUAUCAACCAAGGGACGUGUGUACUGCUCAUCAGUUCGCUCCGUCCUUCUCUAUGGCUCUGAAACAUGGCCAAUACGCGUUGAAGACAUGAAAAGGUUGACUGCUUUCGAUCAUAGAUGUCUGCGAUCUCUGUCUCACGUUAGGUGGUUACACAAGAUAAGUAAUGUUGACGUUAGGCGUAGAGUGUUGGGCAAAGAGGGAAAAUCAAUCGACGAGGUUAUAAAGUUACAUAGACUAAGAUGGCUAGGUCACGUGCUGCGCAUGCCUAACCACCGCCUCCCCCGACGGGCAUUGUUAGCUGAUAUAGGUUCAGGUUGGAAAAGAGCCAGUGGUGGCCAAACAAAAACAUGGCAUCAAUCCAUGAAAUCCUUGACAGUUAAACUGAGUCAGGUAGGGAGAUGCAGACUCCCGGGUUGGGGCCCUCGGGACUCUAGGAAUCAAUGGCUGGAGACAAUAGGUGACAUGGCUCAAAAUCGUUGUCAAUGGCGCAGAUGUAUUCAGUCUCUGUAAUCUUUCAUAUUCCUUUCUACCAUUACCCAUUCUGUUUCACUCCUAUAUUUGUCAAACUCUAUUAAUUCUCUCCACUCAUCUUCUUGUCUACCUCUGUGUG